CCCUCCAUCCCUCCCUUCACCAUGCGGAGCCCCCCUUGAGCCCCACAGCCCCCCUGAGGGCUUGCUUUUCCCAGGGUGCCCAGCAACCCUCGCCCUCCUGCCACCCCUGUGGGGCCUUCAGCCUCUGCUCCCUUCCUCCUCAUCCUCCUCCUCCUCCUCCCACAGCCACCACCCUCCCUCCUUCCCCAGGGCCUGGCUGGCAUGGAGGUGCUGGCUGCAGGGAGCCGGAUGCUUCCCGCUGCUCCUGCCUCCUGCCUGGGCUGCAUCCCUCUCGCCCAGCAUCCUUCCUCGACAAAGCCCUGAGCCGCUCAGCAGCCUCCUCCUUUGUGCAGCGGAGCGGGUGUGCGUGCUCCGUCACCCCCUCGUAGCCCCCCAGCUCGCUCCGCUCGGUGGGGACGGUGGCGGCUGGCGGGGAAGCAGGAGAGAUGCUGCCCUCGCCGGAGGAGCCACACGCGGGAGGUUGGCGGCGAGACGCAGCUCCCGGCACCGGCCCAUGCUGACACCCCCUCCAGAACUGCCGUACCCUCCACUUCCAUCCCAAGCCUCUCAAUUCACCAUGUCCCAGCAGAGCUGUGGCCCAACCAACCAGGACUCCCAGACCUAUCCCGUGUGCCACUGGUCCAUGCAUCCCACGUCAUGAGCGAAGCCGUACAGUUCCCCUGUGUCGGGGCGCGUAGCUGAGGGAUGGCCUCGCUGGACCUGCCCUACCGGUGUCCGCGGUGCGGGGAGCACAAGCGCUUCCGCAGCCUCUCCUCACUGCGGGCGCACCUGGAGUACAACCACACCUAUGAGACCCUCUACGUCCUCUCCAAGACCAACAGCAUCUGUGAUGCCGCCGUCUUCCCCUUGGCCGCCGACGGGGCCUUGCUGACGCCGGCUGCCCGGCGGGACUACUUUGAAAGCACCUCCUUCCAAGGCAAGGAUCAGCGCUUCUCCUGUGACCUCGUUCCUGCCGAGGAGUUGGAGCCCGCCCCAUCUUCUUCUCCCUCGCCCCGCUAUGUCCAUGAGAUCGAGAUCCCUCUGACGGAAAUCUUCACCCGGAGCAAAGCCGUGGCGCCGGCCCCCACACCACCAGCCACGAUGGACAGUGCCUACGAGGAAGGCUUGGCUCGCCUGAAGAUCCGCGCCUUUGAGAAGCUGGAGGUGGAUAAGCGGUUGGAGAAACUGACGGAGGAGGUGGAGCAGAAGAUCGCCUCGCAGGUGGGCCGGCUCCAGGUGGAACUAGACCGCAAGAGCUCGGAGCUGGAGAAAGCCAAGCAGGAGAGCCUGCGGCUCAGUCGGGAGAAGCAGGAGCUUGAGGAUCGGGCAUCUGAACUGUCCCGCCAGGUGGACGUCAGUGUGGAGAUGCUGGCUUCCCUCAAGCAGGACUUGGUGCAGAAGGAGCAGGAGCUCACCCGCAAGCAACAGGAGGUGCUGCAGAUCGACCAGUUCCUGAAGGAGACGGCUGCCCGCGAGGCCAACGCUAAGGUUCGCCUCCAGCACUUCAUCGAGGAGCUGCUGGACCGAGCGGACCGGGCUGAGAAGCAACUCCAGAUCAUCAGCAGCAGCUGUGGCACCACCCCAAAUGGCAGCCUGGGACGCUGCGGCACGCCAGGAGCCAAGGCUGCCGGCCGACCGGUACCUCCACGAGCACAGAGAGACCGGCACCCGGGGCCAGGAGCAGCCGUGCAUGGCCCCUAUGGUGUGGCCAACCAGCGCUCCUCCUCCAGCACGGGCGCCUCGAGCCGGGUGAAAGCUGUGUCACAGAGCUCGGGCUGCUACGACAGUGACAGCGCAGAGCCGUGUCCAACCGAUGACACCACCGAUGGGCAUCCCUACUUUGCACGGGACGGCGCCCGGGGCUCGGGGCUGCGCCGACAAGCCAUCCAGAACUGGCACCGCCGGCCCUAUCGCAACAGCACCGAGGGCGAAGAGGGCGACGUCUCCGACGUGGGCUCUCGCACCACCGAGUCGGAGGCUGAGGGCUGGGAGCCGGAGGCACCCGGAUCCGCAUCAUCCCGACCUGCCAGCUGCCGGCUGACGGCCAGGACCGAGGGGCCCGGGAGCAAGGUGGGCCGCCUGGAGAGGGGCAGCCCUGGCCACUCCAGCGAGGUGAUCAGCCCCGAGAUCCUCAAGAUGCGGGCGGCUCUUUUCUGCAUCUUCACCUACCUGGACACCAAGACCCUGCUGCGGGCGGCUGAGGUGUGCAAGGACUGGAAGUUCGUGGCCCGGCACCCGGCCGUGUGGACACGGGUGCUGCUGGAGAACGCCAGGGUGUCCUCCAAGUUCCUGGCCAUGCUGUCUCAGUGGUGCACCCAGAUGCACUCCCUCACCCUCCAAAACCUCAAGCCGCGACAGAGAGGGAAGAAGGAGAGCAAGGAGGACUACAUGAAGAGCACACGGGGUUGCCUGGAAUCCGGGCUGGAGUCCCUGCUGAAGGCCACAGGCAGCAACUUGCUCAUCCUCCGCAUCUCGCACUGCCCCAACGUGCUGACGGACCGCUCGCUCUGGCUGGCCAGCUGCUACUGCCGGGCCCUGCAGGCUGUCACGUACCGGAGCUCUACAGACCCCGUGGGUCACGAAGUCAUCUGGGCCCUUGGAGCAGGUUGCAGGGACAUCAUCUCCCUCCAGGUCGCGCCUCUGCAUCCAUGCCAGCAGCCAACGCGUUUCAGCAACCGCUGCCUUCAGAUGAUCGGAAGGUGCUGGCCUCACCUGCGGGCAUUGGGCAUUGGAGGAGCAGGCUGCGGCGUCCAGGGACUGGCGUCCUUAGCUCGAAACUGCAUGCGGCUUCAGGUCCUGGAGCUGGACCACGUGGCGGAGAUCAACCAGGAGGUUGCGGCAGAGAUGUGUCGAGAAGGGCUGAAGGGGCUGGAGAUGCUGGUGCUGACCUCCACACCGGUCACCCCCAAAGCCCUGCUGCACUUCAACAGUGUGUGCCGGAACCUGAAGUCCAUCGUCGUGCAAGUGGGCAUUGUGGACUACUUCAAGGAGCCCCACAGCCCUGAAGCCAAGAAGAUGUUUGAAGAAAUGGUGAACAAACUCCAGGCCCUGAGGAAGAGACCCGGCUUCUCCAAGAUUUUACACAUCAAAGUGGAAGGAGGCUGUUAGACCUUCAGGGAACCACAAAGCACAUUCCCUUCUCUGCUUGGCGGAGCCAGCGGCCCUGCAAAACCAAACCCACUGUCCGUUGCUGGACCUGGAGCAUGGAGAUGCCGGCCCAUGAGCAAAAAAACCCAAACUCUUGCAGGCCUUCAUGACUGUCGACCAGCGCUCGUCCCCAAGGCCAGCUUGUGGGCAAGAAGGUGCUACUUCUGGAAAUAUUCCAGCUGCCCAAAGAGGCUGGGCUACGCUCUUUCCCGGGAGGGAAGAUGGCUUCAAACCCUCUAUAGCUGCUCGUUGCCAAGGAUCAUUGUUUGGAGAACGUCUUCUUCUUCGAACUCUCUUUCUGGGGAGUUUUUUUGCUGUUGGGUGGUGUGGGAGAUGAGGAUGGCUCAGCCCAUCCCUGGGGGCUCUUUGUAGAGCGCUGGGCUGUGUCAUAGCUGGACCAUCCCCAUCCUCUUUGUGGGCUGGUGGAAGUAGGGGGGGAAGCGGUUGUUCCUCCAGAGGAAACAGUGCCCAACAUUCCUGCUCAGUUUCCGCUUGUUUUCAUUUCAUUUGUUUAACAGAGGGGCACCCAAAGCUGGUGCCCAGGAACCAGCAGCCACCACAGCACAAACCUGGAUGGCAAAGCUGCAUCUCGGGAGCUGUAGGAGCCAGAGGACAUCAGGAGAGAUGGUCACUCUCCCAGAGAUUUCCAGCCUCACCUCCUCUCCACCCAAACCUGCCAAGGCAAUAAACCAUCUACUAGAUCCUCCUCCACCAGGAAACACGGGUCACGCUUCUGUCCCCAUCAACAUUCACCUCCCAUUCAGGCUUCCUCUGGAGCAAGUUGUCCUAUGUGGAGAGGUGGACUGGCAUGGGACACACACCUUUGCCAUCUCAUCACCUUCCUGAGCAGCCUGAAGGAGAAACCCUGGCCAAAUUGUCCUGAAACCCAAAGCCGCUGGUGAAAGCACCACCCCAACUGCGCUGGUAGAUCCCUUAUCUAUGGCCACAGCUGGCUGAUGAACUCCAUUUUCUUUCUUCUGGAGCUCUUCUGCCUGCAAGGACAUCAUCGCCCUCAAAAUUACCCUUCUUUUUCAAAGGUUUUUGAAAGGCAUCCAGCAGGGUGAGACAUCUCCACCCUCCACCCUGGGGAGAUGAUGCCAGGAGGUGCCCAUCCCAUGGGGGACACCCAUCGCAGCACUGCCAGCAGCAGGGACACACCAGCCUUAACAACAGCCCCACUUUGAGCCCCAACCAGGCAUGCUUGGACCCAACACGCCGAGCUGAGAGGGCCUGAUUGACAAAAGCAGAUUUUAUAGGGUUGUCCUCUUCUCUGGACCAUCGUUGGAGGUUUCGCUACCUGUUGCCCAGCAUGGCUGCAAGGAGACAGCCAUUCCCAGGGCAUGUCCUCUUCCAGCAGCACUCUUGGAGUGAUGGGCUGUCAUGGAGCAUCUCCCCAGGAGGGAGAAGGUUGCAGACCCAUCGUGGUACCACCUUGCUCAUCAGUGGCACAAGAGCUGCAGACCUUGCCCAGGGGCUCCCAACACAUCGACAGCCCACGGGGACCCUAAUAGAAAAUCAAAUCUAUUCCAAAUCACGGAAGCUGGUAGUGGGCAAAAGGCAGCUCCUUGGUCUCCAGCCUCAGAAGAAACCUCAGAAGACCAUUUCAUUCACCACUCAUCCAGUCUAUGCUGUCUCCUCCAAAGCAGGGUUGGGUUUUUGGACCAUAAUCUCCCAUCUGAAGCAUCUCCGUUCCCCCACGGACGGCAGCAUUCCAGGAGAAGGCUGUUCCCUGUAUGCACAAAAUGCAGGAGCCCAAAAAACCACCUUUGAGAAACUACAGGAUCUCAUCAUGUCCCCAUGGGCAGCGUUGGAUGAGCAUCCCGGCACCAGGGAUGAGCUCCUCACCGUGUCCAUGGGUUUACCACCACCUUGGGGAGUCUGGGACACAAUCCAGGAGCAAGAGGUGCCCCGACCAGCAAAAAAAAAACCACCCAGCAAAGCUACAACCCCUUGGGGACCACCUGGCCCCCAUCCCACAAGGUCCCAGCGGAGAUGUCACCAUUGGAAACAGCGCAGAGACUUGUGAAAUUCCCUUAAAGAUAAAAACAAAGUAAGUAUUUAUUUCUAUAAAGAAGGAGAAAAAAAAGAAGAUUUUAAAGGAAAAUUAUAUACUCAGCAUGUUUAUACACUCUACGCUUAAAGACUAUCGUGUUGGAGAGUCAUGUUUGAAGACUGAAGGUGGCUGCUCCAGGAUUGCUGCUAGACCGGGCCCAGCCCCGCGUCCUCCAGGCCAUGAGGAGGGCAAGGACAGGGUGAUGGGAAGCAGGGGGAGAUGUGAGGGUCGGGAGGCCCUGGCCCAGGUUGCCCAGAGAAGUCAUGGCUGCCCCAUCCCUGGAGGUGUUCAAGGCCAGGUUGGAUGGGGCUUGGAGCAGCCUGGUCCAGUGGGAGGUGUCCCUGGCCAUGGCAGGGAGGUUGGAACUGGAUGGGCUUUGAGGUGCCUUCCAGGCCAAAUCGUUCUAUGAUUCUAUGAGAUGUUGAGGAUGCUUAAGGAAACCUUCUGUGUUCGCGAGCAAGGUUGGAGUGGCUGUUGGUGACCACAGUGGUUAUGUCUACUGGUGGCUGCAGUGGUGGUGUCUACUAGUGGCUGAGGUGGCCAUGUCAGCUAGUGGUUGUGGUAGCCAUGUCUACUAGUGCCAUUGGUGGUCGUGUCUUCUGGUGGCUGUGGUGGCUAUGACUGCUGGUGCCAUCAGUGGCUGCAUCUACUGGUGGCCGUGGUGUCCAUGUCAACUGGUGGCCACAGUGGCAUGGAGCGUGGGUAGGUGUGCGAUAUCCCUGUACCCCCAACGCCGUGAGGGUUUUGGAAGUCACAGCAGGACAAGCUCUGCUGAUUUUGGUGCUUUGGUGUCUCACCAAGACCAGACCGAACCAAACCAUCCACCUCCCCUUGGGGCAUUCCCAAAAUGUCCAACUUCUGGCUUAGCAAAGCCACUUUUUUUCCAAAUGUCCAGUAAUGACAGAAGACCUUGAGCAGGUCCAAGGACUGGAAGAUGAAAAAUAGAGAGGUUUUCCCAUUUUCCUUGAUGCUUGGGCUUGGAUGGGUCCCUUCCUCCUCCUCUUUAGCUGGGGAUGAAGGUGGCUCGCAUAGGCUCAGUGGCAAUGAGAGCCCUGCGUCUCCCUGGCCCUCCUGGUAGUCACCUGGGUUAUUAACAACAACGAGCUCAUUAACAGCUCCGUAUGUCUUCUGCUGAAAUGUCACCUUAAUGGUUCCCCCCGCUGCUUCCCAACCCACCAGUGCACAUUGACCAUUGGUUCUGCCACAAGCUCCCACCAUCCAUCCUCAUCCCUGCGGGAUGCUCAGGUGGUGCGGUAGGAUUCACCACAGUGGGUUUCAACCUCCUUUCCUCUGGAAAUGAUGGAGAAAUACCAAAUCCCUUGGGAAAGCCUUGAUAUCACGCAGCGUAUACAGGUGCCAGGAGGGAAGGGAGCGCUGCAGGGGGAGCUCAACCCCAUAGUAGCCCCUAGAGAAGCUCCAGAGGAGCUCUGCGAUGACAAUCCCCAGCAAAAGCCAGGGCACAGCUGCCCGAUUCGGGGCAAGCAUCAUCAGCGAGUGGCUUUCAGUUGGGUCACGGUGUUGGAUGGGUGGUACUGCCAGUUCCUGCUAUUCCUGGAUCCCAUGGGACCAGUUUUGAGGGGAUUUAUUCCUUUUUUUUUCUAGUGAGUUUGCCCAAAGUUUCCCCAUGGCCAAUGCACACAACAUUCCUCUUCUCUUGAAUUUGAGUGCUGGUCAGGGAUCUCAAGAGGAACACCACCAGCAAAGCCAACUCAGGGGGCAAAUUUAUCCCAAAUUUGUGUUUUUCUGUCUCACUCCUGUUGGAUUUUGCUCAUUAUCCAUCACUCCGAGCUCACAGGAGCCAGGGAUGCUCUGGGGACUGGCUGCAUCCUCCUGGCUUCAAUCUGGGUGAGGGUCCAGGGGUGCAAGGUCUCCAGGAAAAGAAGGAAUGCCCCAAGUUGGCUCCAUGCAAGGAGAUUUUGAAACCUCUUUAUCAAGGAAAGAAGGCAAAGAAAAAUCUCCCACCUCUUGUCGUGCGGCACGAUCCCAGCUGGCACCCACGGCACAGCCAUGGCGGGGUCUUGGACCUUCCAAAAAGCUCCAAAUUUGGUUAAAACAGAAGGAAAAAGCCCAUGGUAAGUGUUGUUAAAGGUUCUUCUCUUGGCUCUUAGAGGAGCCCACCCCAGGAACUGGCACAAAGCCUCUCGGUUUUGGGUCAAAACACUGCAGGUUCAUGUGAAGCAAAACAAAAAACCAGUUGGGAAUCAGUGCCAAAUAGCAAAAUGCUUUAAAACAAGGGGGGGAGGAAAAGAAAAACAGGGAGAUUUUAGGAAACGGAGAUGUUUUGUUGUGAGCGAAGCAUCGCAGGGUGGGGUUGCAAGGUGAGCAGCGACGAUGCUGGACUUUCCUCAUUGAUGGGAGGCAAAAUAAUCCCCAUGGUGGGGGUGAAAUGGUCCCUUCUGUCCCACCAGCUGUCCUGGUGAGAAGCAGCACGGAGAGAAGGGAAGAAAUUCUUCACGCUGAGGGUGGGGAGGUCCUGGCCCAGGUUGCCCAGGGAAGUUGUGGGUGCCCCAUCCCUGGAGGUGUUCAAGGCCAGGUUGGAUGGGGCUUUGAGGAACAUGGUCCAGUGGGAGGUGUCCCUGCCCAUGGCAGGGGGGUUGGAACUGGACGGGCUUUGAGGUCCCUUCCAACCCAUUCUAGGAUUCUAUGAAAAACUGCCCAAAAAGCAGGAAAAAUGGGAUUUUUCUGAUCCAGCCUCGGGACAGAGCCCCGUGGAAGGGGAGGACGAGGCAGGCUGGGGCCGGGGACAAGCGGGUGCAAUGGUGCGGGCGGGCGGGCUGGCUUUUGGGAAGCGAGCGCGGCAACGCACACUUUGCUUCGAGAUAAUCAGAGGAUGCGCUUCCCCUGGGAAGAGGAAAAGAGUUCCAGGAAUCGCAAUCAUUUCCCUAAAGAACUGCUCGGCGGUGGCAUUAGCUCCGGCGAGCGAUUCCCGAGGGGCCCCGUCCAGCGUCCUCCCCCCUCCUGAGCGGUAGCGAGUUUGCCUCCUAAGUUAUUUUUUUAAACUCUCUAUAAAUUUAGGUCUAUUUUAGUCUUUCGCAGCGAUGUGCCAGUGUCUGGAGAACCAAACAUCCCUUUUUCCCCUCCCCAAUCCCGCAAUCCCUUGAUGCUAAACAGGGUCCUGGAUGCUCGAUCCGCCGGAGGAUGCUGCCCAGGAGGAGGGGGAGCGGCAGGGAUGGGGGCGCAGAGGGAUUGAGGGGUUCAGGGGAGGCUCCGGGUGGGUUUGUCGGCAGCAGGGUCCGAGGGCGACCGUGUUUUUAGCACUUUGGUUGGAACUCUCCCCUGUAGACGCACUUUGAUGUUGUUGCUUUGAAACUUUGCCGAGUGUAAACCAUGUGUAUUUAAAGAGUUACAAACAACAAGAGGUGUGUGAAGAGCUAUUUCAUGACACUGCGUUGAAUAAAGACUUGACAUUGAGGUGGGGGGGUUCAACUCUGCCCUGGGGCCACACAGAAACAAAGAAUCCAGCACCAAACCACCGAGACCAGUUGCUGGUUGGGGCUUACCGGGAGCAUCCCCAUUCCAAUGUCCCUCUCCUCACAGGCACAGGAGCUUCGUGACCCACAGGGUCUAUUGGUCCGGUCCCACUGAGCUUACUGGGAGCAUCUCUGCUCCUACUUCUCUCUCCUUGCAGGAAGAAGGCUUCUGGGACACGUGGGCUCCAUUGGUGCAGCCCCACAGAGCUUACUGGGAGCAUCCCUCCUCCAACGCCCCUCUCCCUGCAGGCACAAGGGGUUUUGGACACAUGGAUUCUGUUGGAACAGUCCCAUUGGACUUACUGGGAGCAUCCCUGCUCCUACCCCCAUCUCCCUACAAGCACAGGGGUUUUGGGACCCACGGGAUCCAUUGAUCCAGUCCCACUGGACUUACUGGAAGCAUCCCUGCUCCUAUCCCCAUCUCCGUGCAGGCACAGGGAUUUGGGGACACGUAGGAUCUAUUGGCCCAGUCCCAUCAGGCCAGAGAGACAAAGCGUACAUGGAAGCAUUUGAUCCACCAGAGGCUGUGAUGCCGUUCAGGGAGACCUGGACAGGCUGGAAAGUUGGGCAGAGAGGAACCUCUUGAAGAUUUACUGAGGCAAUUGUAGAGCAAUUCAAGAGGAAUAACUCCCUGCCCCAGUUCAGGUGAGGGGUUGGACAGCUGGAGAGCAGCUCAGCAGAGAAGAACGUGGGAGUCCCGGACACCAAGGCAAGCAUGAGCCAGCGCUAUGCCCUCACGGCCAAGGCGAUCCUGGGGUUCAUGGAGCGUGGGGAGUAGGCAGGGAGGUUUUCCUCACCCUCUGCUCUGCCCUGGUAAGGCCCCAUCUGGAAUUGUGUCCAGUUCUGGGCUUUCCAGCUCAGGAAAGACAAGGAACCACUGGAAAACCCAGUGGGGGCCACAGAGAUGAUAAGGGCACUGGAGCAUCUCUCUUAGGAGAAAAAGCUGAGAUCUAGGUCUGCUUAGCCUGGAGAAGACUGAGAGGGGACCUCAUCAGUGUUGAUCACUAUCUGACAGGCACAGGGCAGGAGGAUGGGGCCAGGCUCUUCUCAACAUUGCCCAGCCACGGAACAAGAGGCCACGGGCAUAAACUGGAACACAGAAGUUCCACCUGGACAUGAGCAAAAACUUCUUUCCUGUGCAGGUGACAGAGCACUGGAACGGGCUCCCCAAGGAGGGUGUGGGGUGUCCUCUGCAGAGAUCCAAACCUGCUUGGACAUGUUCCUGUACAACCUGCUGGAGGUGAUCCUGCUUUCGCAGAAGGGUUGGACUGGAUGAGCUCUGGAGGUCCCUUCCAACCCCGAUCUUUCUGGUAUUCUGUGACUUGGGAGCAAAAACUGGUACUGGAGAGCCCAGAAGCGUCAGUGGACAAAGUGGAGGACCUACAGCCCAAAGGAGGGGGCCAAGAGAUGUCACUCCCAUCCUUUGGCAGUGAAGGCUGAUCGUAGACCACAGCAGAGCGAAAAGUUGAGUUUGAACAAUUUUGUGCUGAAAAGAAAGCUUCCUGAACAGUCCUGGAAGAAAAAAGCAAAUCGAGGAAUAAGACAGCUCAGGUGGCUGGAGAAUUCCUGGUUCCCAGAUUCCAAACUCACAGAGUCGGGAAUGGGAUUUACAAGUUGGGGAGGGUGCAGCAGCGCUGGGUGCAGGGAGAUGGGAUCCUGCUGCUAUGAGAAAGCCAGGAAGGAAUGCAUUCCCUCAAAUUCCUGCCACUGGAAGGAAACACAGUAAGCCCCAAGAAUCUGCCGCCUGCCUUGGGCAAGACCCACCAGCUCCUGAAG